AUGCCCAAUUUACCGAAAUCGUCUAAAACAUUUCUUGGGACAAGUCAAGCAAGAUAUGAGGUAGAACAAAUGAAAAAUAAUAUAGAUGGCAAAGGAACCUUUGCGUACUUUGGAAUUGCAAAUGGACUUCAAAGGUGUGUAAAUGAGAAAUUGCACAAAAAUGGAAUUAUAGAAAUACGAAUCCAUGCUGACGAAGCGCCUGUGACUAAAUCUGGAACCGAACACUUGUGGAUCCUUGCAGGGAAAGUCCCCUUUGAUCCGGAUAUUUACAAACCAUUUGAAAUUGCAAUUUAUGAUAGUGAAGGUAAACCGAAAACUGCUGAGAUAUUUCUAAGACGUUUCAUCAGAGAAUUAAAUAUAUUACAACAAGAUGGAAUAUACAUAGGUGGAAAACAUUUAGGGGUCACGUUGAAAUGCAUUGUUGUCGACACACCUGCUUGGGCUUUUUUAAAGAACACUGUAGGUCACACUGCCAUCUUCGCAUGCGAAAGGUGCUCUGUUACCGGUGAAAAAGUAGAGGGUACAACAGUAUACCCUUCCACCAAUGCAGAAGAAAGAACCGAUGAUUCUUUUCGAGGGUUUCAACAACCUGAACAUCACCAUGGGACAUCAGCUUUUCUGCGCGUUGUUCCGUUCUUAAAUAUGGUUGCAAUUUUCGUACUCGACUUAUGCAUCUUUGUUGUCAAGGAAUAA